UCACCAUCUUUACGUCCCUAAACUAACCUCUCCAUCCAUCCAUCCUUCCUUCUCUUUUAAAAAGCCCACAAGAGGCCACUCAUUGCCAUAAUAUCUCUCAUGUUUUUCUAAGCUUACAAUCUUCAAACAAACAAGUUGUUAGGUUGGAGAUAUAUAUAUAUACAUAUAUAUAUGGAAACUUUUGUUCUCAAUUGCUAUCUCUUCCUUUGCUUCUCUCUCAUUCUUAUUUCUGAUGCUGAAAUUUCAAGCAAGAUAGGAAUAAACUAUGGCCAACUUGGGAACAAUCUUCCAGCUCCAAAUCUUGCCAUUGAAAUGAUGAACUCCAUGAGAGUUGGAAGAGUGAAAUUAUAUGAUGCCAACCAUGAAAUCUUAAGCAAUUUAUCAAAAACAAAGUUUCAAGUUUCCAUUAUGAUUCCCAACAAUGAAAUUUCAGGCAUUGCUAACAACCAAACAAGAGCUGACCAAUGGAUCUUAAACAACCUUCUUCCAUUUUAUCCUCAAACAAUGAUUCGUUUCAUUCUCGUCGGAAAUGAAGUUUUGAGCCUUGAUUCUGAUAUUGAUCGUCAAGUUUGGAAUGAUCUUGUCCCAGCCAUGAGAAGGAUUUGGAGUUCCCUUAAAGCUAAUAACUUGCAGAUCAUUCGAGUCGGAACUCCGGUCGCUAUGGACGUUUUGGAAACCACAUUUCCCCCGUCGAGAGGGACGUUUAGGUCGGAUAUUCAACGGACCGUCGUGGCUCCGAUGUUGGACUUCUUGAACGAAACCAGAUCUUUCUUUUUCGCGAACGUGUAUCCAUACUUUGCAUGGGCAGCAGACCCCAUGAAUAUCAACUUGGAUUUCGCUCUUUUCAAUGGAAACUUUGAACAGAUCGAUGGGGGAAGUGGGCUUGUGUAUACUAAUCUUUUGGAUGAAAUGCUGGAUUCUCUCAUCUUUGCCAUGGCCAAACUUGGCUAUCCAGAUAUUCGUCUCGUUAUAUCAGAGACCGGGUGGCCAACCGCUGGAGAUAUGGAACAACCAGGUGCCAAUCUCCUCAAUGCGGCAACCUACAAUCGAAAUCUAGUAAAGAGGAUAACGGCAAAGCCUACAGUCGGGACACCAGCGAGACCAAAGGUAGUGAUACCAACGUUCAUAUUUUCUCUCUUCGACGAGAACCAAAAGCCAGGAUCAGGGACAGAGCGACAUUGGGGGCUAUUGAGCUCCGAUGGGAGUCCAAACUACCAAAUCGACUUAACUGGAAAAGAGUCUUCGGUUGAAUACGAUCCGCUACCAGUGGUGGAGAACAAUAUGCCAUUUAGGGGAAGGUUGUGGUGUGUGGCAGCGAGAGGCGUGGAUUUGAUGGAGCUCGGGGCAACAGUGGAUGACGUGUGCGGUCGAGGAGACGGGACGUGCGAGGCGCUGUCGCCGGGGAGGGAGUGCUAUGAGCCAGUAUCAGUGUAUUGGCAUGCAAGCUAUGCUUUUAGUUCAUAUUGGUCAAAGUUUAGAAGCCAAGGAGCAAGCUGUUAUUUCAACGGACUUGCUGAGCAAACAACUACUGAUCCUAGUAAUGGUUCAUGCAGGUUCCCAAGUGUGACAUUCUAAAGAGAACUUCUCAUAGGGGCGUUGGCCAUUUUAAAGCAUAUUAUUGGUGCUGUGAUUGUGUGGUAAAACUCACCAGCAUGUUUAUCCAUAAAUUGCAAACUUCAUCUGUAGAUAGAAAGACAAAUGUUCUUGGUGAAAGAAAGAGUACUCCACACUCAGGGGAUCCUAAGUUUCAUCAAGAGGAAGUUUCACGUUUGGAGGAAACUUAAGUGAUCAUUCUCUCAAUUGAGCUUUUUAAGUGUGUAGCUGUAUUAACUUUAAUUGUAAUUUAUUAACUUUACUUUGUUCAAUUAUAUAUAUUGCACAAAAUUGGAUUACCAAACUUUGUAUUGUGUUUUGUUUUACGUGUAUUGUUUCGUGAUGUUUUCAAAAACAUUGUAUAACAUCACGCAUAACAAUUUAAUCAUGUAUAUUAGAUAACCUAAAAUUUCAAUAAGUAUAAAACCAAUCUCAUUACCACC